AUGUCUGUUAGUGAAAAAGUCUCUCUAUCGGAUGCUUUGAGCAAUGUGGACGUGCUAGACGAGUUGACUUUACCAGAUGAACAACCAUGUAUAGAAGCAGCGCCCUGCUCUAUCCUGUACCAAGCAAACUUUGAUACCAAUUUUGAAGACCGCAAUGGCUUUGUCACUGGUAUUGCCAAGUAUAUUGAAGAAGCCACUAUUCAUGCCAACUUGAACGAACUCCUAGAAGAAGGAAAUGCCCAUGCUGUUAUGCUCUACACUUGGCGAUGCUGCAGCCGUGCCAUCCCGCAGCCUAGAUCAAAUGAGCAGCCAGAUAGGGUCCACAUUUAUGAGAGGACAGUGCAAGUGCUUGCUCCUGAGGUGGAUAAGCUGCUACAAUUCAUGUACUUUCAGAGGAAAGCAAUAGAACGUUUCUGUGGCGAGGUGCGAAGGUUGUGCCACGCGGAGAAGAGACGCGACUUCGUGUCAGAGGCGUACCUGCUAACCCUGGGCAAGUUCGUGAACAUGUUCGCCGUGCUGGAUGAACUGAAGAACAUGAAGAGUUCAGUCAAAAAUGAUUACUCCACGUAUAGGCGAGCUGCACAAUUCCUGAAAGUGAUGUCAGACAGCCAAAGCCUGCAAGAGUCCCAAAACCUGUCUAUGUUCUUAGCGACGCAGAACAAGAUAAGAGACACAGUCAAGGACGCUUUGGAGAAGAUAAACGGUUACGAGGAUCUUCUGGCAGAUGUCGUCAACAUUUGCGUUCAUAUGUUCGAGACAAAAAUGUACCUAACCCCUUCGGAGAAACAUAUGCUCGUGAAAGUAAUGGGUUUCGGAUUGUUCUUAAUGGAUUCAGAUGUGUGCAACAUCAACAGGCUGGACCAGAAAAAGAAGAUUAAAUUGGACAGAAUCGACAGGAUAUUUAAGAAUUUGGAAGUCGUACCCCUAUUUGGAGAUAUGCAGAUAGCCCCGUUUAACUACAUCAAGAGAUCUAAGCAUUACGAUCCAAGCAAAUGGCCGCUUUCCUCCAACGUCAACCCGCUGUCGCCCCAAGCCGAUCUGAUGGUCCACUUACCGCAAAUUCGGGAGGAACAUCAGAACUACAUCUCUGAAUUGGCGAGAUACAGCAACGAGGUAACAACGACAUUCAAAGAAGCCGGCUCCGAUAACGAGAACAGAGCGGUCACAGAACUGUGCCUGCGCGGUCUGCAGCUCCUCUCGUCCUGGUGCUCGGUAUUGACGGAGUUGUGCUCGUGGAAGCUCCUCCACCCCACGGACCACGCUACCAAUUCCAGAUGCCCACCGGACGCAGAGGAAUAUGAGAGAGCCACCCGCUACAACUACACAUCGGAAGAGAAGUUCGCGAUGAUAGAAGUGAUAGCGAUGAUAAAAGGCCUCCAGGUGCUGAUGUCGCGGAUGGAGACGGUCUUCGCGGACGCAGCACGGCGGGCCAUCUACGCCGAGCUGCAGGAUUUUGUGCAGCUGGUGCUGCGGGAGCCGCUGAGGAAGGCGAUCAAGAAUAAGAAGGAUCUUAUACGCAGUAUCAUUGUAUCUGUUCGCGAGACGUGUGGCGAUUGGGCCCGUGGCUGCGAGCCUCAGCAGGACCCCGCGCUGCGGGGAAAGAAGGACGGCGAAGCCAGUUUCACUAUCAAAGUACCGAGGCGGAAUGUUGGUCCGUCCACGACCCAGUUGUACAUGGUCCGCACGCAGUUGGAAGCUCUGAUCUCGGACAAGUCUGGUGGACGGCGAACUCUGCGCAAGGACCUAGACGCGACGACUCUUGCGCAGAUCGAAACAUUCCACAGGCAGAGCUUCUAUUGGACUUACAUGCUUAAUUUGGCUGAUUCGCUGCAAAAGUGCUGCGAUCUGUCGCAGUUGUGGUACAGGGAGUUCUACCUUGAGAUGACAAUGGGGAGAAAAGUCAAUAAAUGCACAGUCCGCCACCAGCACAACGAGGAAUGCAACGACCUCAUCACCAUGGAGAAGAGAAUCCAAUUCCCCAUCGAAAUGUCCAUGCCCUGGAUAUUAACGGAUCACAUUCUGAGGAGUAAGGAGCCAGCUAUGAUGGAAUACGUCCUGUACCCGCUAGAUCUAUACAACGACUCGGCUCAGUACGCGCUAACCGUGUUCCGGAAACAGUUCUUGUACGACGAAGUGGAGGCGGAAGUCAAUCUUUGCUUCGAUCAAUUCGUUUAUAAGCUAUCUGAGCUGGUCUAUGCGCAUUACAAGCAGUUGGCAUCGAGUAUGCUGUUGGACAAGCGCUACAGGGCGGAGUGUGCGGCCCGAGGGGCGAGCACGGGCUGCGGGGCGGGGAGGUACGCGUCUCUCUUACGACAGAGGCACGUCGCUCUCUUGGGGCGACAUGUGGACCUGUGCGCUCUGGUUGCACAGAGGAUAAACGCGGAUAUGCACCGCGCGUUGGAUGCGGCCGUAGCUAAGUUCGAAGCCUGGUGA